UUCUCGGCUGUAGCGAUUUCGAGAUACGAAAAUCCACUCGCGCCCUUGAAUUCUCGUCUCAAUUAUCCCAGGUUUACAAGCUAUGUGAGUGGCAUAUACAGAUUGGAUACCUUCAGUUGCGCUCUCUAUGCUUGCGUCCCUGCAUGCUCGCUCGCCCAUGCAGUGUUUACCACUGCGAGCAUCGGUGCUCGCAAGCCAGCAAGCGCUUGUCAAUUAGACACCAUGCUUUCCGCCGCGAAGUCACUUUGCCUAGAUAUGUAACUAGAUAUUAUCAUAAUCGAGCCCGGCCCCGCUACGAAAAUGUUCAGGACCAGGAUGUUUUAUGGCCCAUGUCUGCUGAACAGGGACUCCUCUCUUCCCUCUUCUCCGUCCGCCGGUUGCAAUUCCGGAACCCAGCGUCACAAACUCGACCUCUCCCCGACGCAUCUACAAUUCCGCAUAUGGGACGAAUCCCCUUGCAGAGGGGUUUCACUACCUCUUGCUUAUACAAUUCCGCUAUCCAACGUCGAUUGUACACAUCUCACCCAACCACCUUAUCCGAAACCAGCAAUGUAUAUCAGUUGGACCAAGAUACCUACGGGAAUCAAAAUAUCUCCCUUGAAAAUAACAGAUUCAGCCCUGGCGCGGAAAAUUCACCAAAAUUUCUCUUGGAGAAGGCAGCUGCACAGAACCCGUCGCAAAAACCGAACACAGAAAGAUCCGAUGGCGGCACGGGACAGAUUUUCCCUCCUUUAAGUUCGCCGCUGAGAUCAACAUUCCGAGAACUUAUAAAUAAGGCAAUAGCCUCGACAGCUCGCAAGACCCGCCGCCAUUUAAUUCCCAGUCAGUAUCAUUACGAAUACUCAGUGAGAUCAAGGUGUCUGUACAUUGAUACUCUCAUUCAUCCCGACUGGAACGAAAAUUUUGGACUGGUGUUCUCGCAUAAGGUCAGAGGGGAGAAUAUGGAGACUGUAUGGGACAAGCUGAAACUUGAUCAUGAAGAAGACGCUCUGGAGUGGCUAACUGGCGUCGACUGGACUGCGGAAGAUCCUACCCAUUUGGCAAGGAAGUGGAGCCGAGUUCACCGUCGGCAAAAGGAGACACUAUGGCCUCCCAUUGCAUUGUGGUUACUCCUCAAUUCUCCUCGAGCGUCUCUGGCAUUUCUGUUAGCGACAGAUGUUUUCCCAGCUCCUCCUUUUAGCAUGGUCGCGAAAUGUUUUCUUUAUCUCGACGCCUUUCACUAUGAAGAGCUUACACGGGAUGAGCGGUCUAAACAACACUAUCACGAGGCGUUAAGAACUUGCCUAAACCCAGAGAAGUGGCCAGUCCUGAAGGCGUAUGAACGUGGAAUACGCCUAUUUCUUAAGCGAAGUGCGCCCGAAGAUCUGAAUAAGGCAUUGUCCACAAUCAUAGAUCGGAGAAUUUUUAUUGGUUUUGAGACAGCAACAUACUUAAUGGACCUCUUUACCAAGCGGCAGGAUAUCCCUAGGGCACUAAGCUCUUUAGGAUUAAUUACGGAUACCCCUGACUACACUCGAUUUCUCUCAGAUCCGAGAGUGCAACAACGCUGCUGCAAGCUCCUCACUUUGGACCAUGUCAUUGAGGAGAACGACGAUCGAUACUUUAGGAUCUUACCGGAAAUACUCAAAAUUGGCGUGCCAUUAAAUCAACCCAUGCUAAACAUCAUUUAUCGCAAUGCACUAAAGCAAAAAGUCCCAGCAUCAGUGCCGCACGUUCUUCAUGAAAUGGGGGAAAAAGGCAUUCCACCAGAUUCUUAUACCUAUAUCUCGCUUCUAGAUGAUGCUGUGUCCCGCCGUGACCUUCAGCAUCUUGAUGUGAUAAUACGGGAAAUUAGUAGUCAGGAGUCCCUCAGGAAGAACCCCUUUAUCACCAGCAAGCUGCUUCACGUUUUCUAUUCACUGGACCGCGUCAAUCCCGAUGAAGGGUGGGGAGAUGCUGAUGUCUUCGGCCGCAUGCUUAACAUAUACAGCGCAGCACAUGACGUCCAGCCUCUCGUGGAUUUAGGUGUCGUUCGGGUAGACGAGUUCGCCCUAGAAGAACGUGAAGUAUCUGGAAAUCCCCCUCCCUCGAGUCACGCUCUUGUUAUUAUGAUUGCUGCAUUUCUGAGGAUGCAGAAUCGGCGAGUCGUCAACAAUAUUUUUGAUCGCUUUAUAAACCUUCGCGACCAAGGGCAUGAAUCGUUCGGACCACUAGCGGAAAGCGACUACAUAUAUAACGUGUUCGUCCAGGAGUUUGCUCGGCGGCAUUCAGGUCGGAUGCGGAAUUGCGUCAGGGUACUGGAUAAGAUGCUGCAGCCACUUCCCGCCACUGCAGUUCUCCGGUCUCAAAACAACCGCCAACUGGAGCAAGUGAAGCCGACUGUCCAGACAUGGACCAUUAUCCUCACCGCGUUUAUCCGCGAUCGGCAUCCCAACGCUAUCGAAAAGAUUCGAAGCAUGAUGCAGGAGCAGGGUUUGAAGUUCAAUGAAGUCACCUGGAAUGUAGCCGUCGCAGGUUUUUCCACUAUGCAAAUGGUGGAUGAGACUGCCAAUGCAGUGAACGCGAUGAUGAAAGAGGGAUGGGCUCUUGAUGAAUAUACACUGAAUAGUAUGGGGUGGAUCCACGACCGUGAUCGAUUACUUGCUCUUGUGGAUAAUGUGGCCACCAAAAUCCCUGAUCAUGCAAAUCAUCGAUUAGCUGAAGGUGAAGGACUCAGUGAGCCAGUCGAAAUCGAAGGAUACGACGAGCCAGUUGAAAGUCAAGAGAAUGCGGAGAUGACAGAUGAAUCACCCUCCUAACUAUACCAAUACCCUCGGUGGUGGUGUUCUUGUUCAUGUAAAUUAUUUAGACUUGGAUCUCUCUUUGUUUAAUUCGUUUGUACUGUACAGUGUCAACUAUGGAAAUGUAGAGCUAUGUUCAGAAUUUUUGUAUAUAUGCAUUAUAGGAUAUUUAGCUCAGGCAGGCUAUUGAUCUGCCCUUGAAUAAAAGACGAGAAACAAUUUCAUGCAGAAAUCUCAUCUUUGAUUAUUGGUUUGUGAGUGUUCAGGGUAUCCUCAUACUAUAUAAGUGAAAAGCAAAAAAAAAAAAAAAAAAAAACCCAC